CAAACAGGAGGCACCGCGUCUUCUUACGUUCCCGCCAACAAACACCCCCAAAAAUCAUUUUAGGGCCCAAAAUCACAAAACCACAAUCUCUCUCAUCUCUCUCUCCGUUUCUCUCCCUCUUUCUCUCUGAUUUCGUGAAGUGCAGAGAUGGACAUCAGCGAGCAAGACAGGGCUGACCGCAAGAAGGAAUUCCUCAGCUUCUUCGAUCUCUAUGAGCUCAAGGACACUUUAAUGGAAGAUAUCAAAACAAUGAUUCACCACAAACGACACCGUUUAAUCAUCAAUUUCGCUCAUAUCUUUCACCACCGUGUUCAGAAAGGUCCCGACGGCUACGACUUGUCUCGCAGGUUGCUUCAAAAUCCAAGUAAUUACAUACAACCACUAUGUGAUGCUAUCACGGAAUUGGCACGUCAUGUUGAUCAUAAGUACUUGAAGGAAGGAGAGCAAGUUUUGGUUGGUUUUGAGGGCCCUUUUGUUUCUCGACGUGUUACUCCUAGAGAUCUCCUUUCCAGCUUUAUCGGUUCUAUGGUCUGUGUUGAGGGCAUUGUUACAAAAUGUUCUCUUGUGAGACCGAAAGUUGUUAAAAGUGUUCACUUCUGUCCAUCAACUGGCAGUUUUACAUCUCGCGAGUACAGAGACAUUACAUCUAAUAUGGGUUUGCCCACAGGAUCCGUCUACCCAACGAGGGAUGAAAAUGGAAACCUUUUGGUAACGGAGUAUGGAUUGUGCAAAUAUAAGGACCAUCAGACGCUAUCAAUGCAAGAAGUGCCUGAGAAAUCUGCUCCUGGUCAACUUCCACGUACAGUUGAUAUCAUUGUUGAAGACGAUCUAGUAGAUUCAUGCAAACCUGGAGAUCGUGUGGCUAUUGUUGGGAUAUAUAAAGCACUUCCUGGGAAAAGCAAGGGCGGUGUAAAUGGAGUGUUCAGAACUGUCCUUAUAGCUAACAAUGUUUUUCUACUCAACAAAGAGGCAAAUGCACCAAUUUAUACUCCUGAGGAUAUAAGCAUGAUCAAGAAGAUAGCUGACAGAGAUGACACAUUUGAACUACUUGGUAAUUCACUUGCCCCAUCUAUAUAUGGGCACUCAUGGAUAAAGAAAGCUGUGAUUCUUUUGAUGCUUGGAGGAACAGAGAAAAACCUUAAAAAUGGGACUCACUUGCGAGGUGAUAUCAACAUGAUGAUGGUUGGUGAUCCAUCAGUUGCCAAGUCACAGCUGCUUAGAGCAAUCAUGAAUAUUGCUCCAUUGGCCAUAUCAACAACUGGCCGAGGUUCUUCAGGUGUUGGGUUAACAGCUGCAGUUACAUCUGACCAAGAAACAGGAGAGAGAAGGCUGGAAGCAGGUGCAAUGGUUCUUGCUGAUCGGGGUGUUAUAUGCAUUGAUGAGUUUGAUAAGAUGAAUGAUCAAGAUCGUGUAGCUAUACAUGAAGUUAUGGAACAACAGACUGUAACAAUUGCAAAAGCUGGAAUUCAUGCAUCACUAAAUGCUCGCUGCAGUGUUGUAGCAGCGGCAAAUCCCAUAUACGGAACUUACGACCGUUCAAUAACUCCAACAAAGAACAUUGGUCUCCCUGACUCGUUGCUUUCGCGUUUUGAUUUAUUAUUUAUUGUAUUGGACCAAAUGGAUCCUGGUAUUGACCGUCAAAUCUCGGAUCAUGUCUUGCGUAUGCACCGAUUCCGUUCUGCCACUGAUGGAGGAACGGCAACAUUAGAUGGUAGUUCAAGAUAUGGAGCUGAUGAAGAAACUGAUACUGGCUCAACUGUGUUUGUCAAGUAUAAUCGAAUGUUACAUGGAAAAAAAUCGAAUAGGGCCCAGAAACGUGAUACCCUAACUAUUAAGUUUCUAAAGAAGUACAUCCACUAUGCCAAACAUCGGAUACAGCCUGACCUGACUGAUGAGGCUUCUGAUCACAUUGCAACAGCAUAUGCAGAGCUCAGAAAUGCCAGUGCAGGUGCUAAGACAGGGGGAGGUACCCUUCCAAUCACUGCCAGAACCUUGGAAACCAUUAUAAGGCUCUCUACUGCCCAUGCCAAACUUAAGUUAAGCAGACAGGUUCUGGUAUCUGAUGUUGAGGCUGCACUUAAAGUCCUUAACUUUGCCAUAUACCAUAAAGAGUUGACAGAAAUGGAAGAGCGUGAGCAGGAAAGGGAGAGGGAAUCUGAGAAUAAGCGCAAAGCUGACCAUGAUGCUGGUAGAAAUGUUAGAGCCGAUCGUGGCGGGGCCUCUGCUGGAGAUGGUUCAACAGAAGCAACGGAAGCAAUGGAAGUAGAUGAUCCAUCUGAAGGCCAGCAUGCCACUGAUAUGUCGGCGGAGAGGGAAGAAGCAUUUAAAUCAGCAUUAGGAAGGCACAUGCAUGCACAGCACUUGGAGCACAUAUCUAUCAGUGAUGUUGAGGGUGUUGUCAACAACCAGGCAGCUGCACCUUACUCCAGAGCAGAGGUUAUGCUGCUCUUAGAGAAAAUGCAGGAUGAAGGGAAAUUAAUGUUAGCCGGAGAUUUAGCAUAUUACGUACCAUAGAAUCUCUCGUUGCUGAAUUAAAAUGGGAAACAGUAGCAGCAGCCAGCACCGAAGCAGCCAAGCUUGGAGAGAUUCGGCUCAUAAAAGUUUUCAUCUUUUCAUUUUGAGAUUAACUAGCAAGUACAAACAGUCAGCUGAACUGAUAUUGGGGAAGGCAAUGCUAUGGAUAUAAUUCUGUAGCAAAACUUGUUCAAAUUCAGUAUUAUUUUUAACAUUUACAUGUAUUCAGUGCUAGAUGAAUUUUAUUUGGCGAAUUUCCAGGCAUUGACUUGCAAU